AUGAUGGCCUUAAGUAAUUUAAAAUAUAUUUAUGGUGCAACUAGUAUUCGCCAGGCAAGAAUUAUUUCAAAUAUUGUGUUAAGAACAGAUAGGCAAUCGCAUAACAAUGUUGAGACCAAAGUGUCAGCAACAGACAAUGUGGUUCCUCCUCUAGUGGACUUAUAUGGUCGACAACACAACUAUCUACGAAUAUCAUUGACUGAGCGGUGUAACUUAAGAUGUCAGUACUGCAUGCCGGCGGAGGGCGUGCCGCUGAGUGCGCGUGAGGCGUUGCUGUCGCGCGAGGAGUUGCUGCGCGUGACGCGAGUGCUGGCCACGCUUGGCGUGCAAAAGCUGCGCCUCACCGGCGGCGAGCCAUCCGUACGAGCCGACCUCGUUGACAUCGUCCAGGAGCUGAGCAGCGUGACGGGCAUCCGCGCGGUGGGCAUGACCAGCAACGGGCUGGCGCUGACGCGGCGCCUGCCCGCGCUGCGCCGCGCCGGCCUGCGUGCGCUCAACCUGUCGCUGGACUCGCUGCGGCCCGCGCGCUUCGAGCGCAUGGCGCGGCGCCCCGGCCUGCCGCGCGUGCUCGCCACGCUCGACCUCGCGCUGCAGCUCGACUUCGACUCCGUCAAGCUCAACACUGUGCUCAUGAAAGGGUUCAAUGAUGAUGAAGUAUGUGAUUUUGUGGAGUUGACUCGAGAGCGACAAAUGGACGUCAGGUUCAUCGAGUUCAUGCCGUUCUCCGGCAACCGCUGGGAGGAUGCGCGCCUCGUGCCCGAGCGCGACGCGCUGGCGGCGCUGCGGCGCGCCUUCCCCGGCGCCGCGCGCCUCCCGCCCGCCGCCUGCGACACCGCCACGCUGUGGCAGGUGCCGGGCCACGCCGGCCGCGUCGGCUUCAUCUCCUCCAUGACCAAGCCCUUCUGCGCGUCCUGCAACCGCCUGCGCCUCACCGCCGACGGGAACCUCAAGGUGUGCCUGUUCGGCGCGGCGGAGACCAGCCUGCGCGACGCGCUGCGCGGCGGCGCCUCCGACGACGACCUGGCGCUGCUCGUGCGCGCCGCGUUGCGCCGCAAGCUGCCGCAGCACGCCGCGCCCGCCGGCGCCCGCGCCCGCGCGCCUCCGCGCCUGGCCGCGCCGCGCCUGGCCGCGCCGCGCCUGGCCGCGCCGCGCCUGGCCGCGCGCGCGCUGAGCACGACGGCGGCGGCGGCGGCGGCGGUGGCCGGCGGCGACGACGCGCGGCUCACGCACCUGGACGCGGCGGGGCGCGCGCGUAUGGUGGACGUUGGCGACAAGCCGGUGACGCGGCGCGCGGCCGAGGCUGAGUGCUACCUAGAGGUGGGCGCGCGCCUGCUGCGGUUGCUUCGCUCGGCGCGCGUGCCCAAGGGCGACGCGCUCACCGUGGCGCAGGUGGCGGGCGCGCUGGCCGCCAAGCGCACCGCCGACCUCAUCCCGCUGUGCCACCCGCUGGCGCUGGAGCUGGCGCGCGUGCGCGUGCAGUUGCCGGCCGGCGACGGCGAGCGCGGCGGCCGCGUGCGCGUGGCGUGCGAGGCGCGCGCCGCCGCCCGCACCGGCGUCGAGAUGGAGGCGCUCACCGGCUGCGCCGUGGCCGCGCUCGCGCUCUACGACAUGUGCAAGUCCGUCGACAAGGGCAUGCGCAUCACCGACCUGCGCGUCGUACGCAAGACCGGCGGCAAGAGCGACUGGCCCGCGCCCGCGCCCGGCGACGGCGACGGCGAGGGCGAGGGCGGCCUGCGCGUGCGCGCGCACGACACGUCGCCGCUGAAGCCGGGUGAGACGUACGCGCCCACCAACGUCAUGUACUUC